AUGAAAGAUUCCAUCACUCCAUUGGCAAGGUCGCAGCUGCAGAGUCAACUGGUCCGGUCGUCGGGCAGCAAGCUUGUCAAGGAGACUUGGAGAGGUUGGCUUGGUGGAAUCGCUAGGGGUGUUUUUAAGCAUCUGGAGAAGGUUAACGAAAUAGGCCGCCGGACUGGUGACAGGCCCCAAUCGUGGCAUUGCCAAAGAUCUUCAAGUAGCUCAUUACCCACUUCGUGGGGGCUGCAGCCGGUGCCGCCAAAGAAGUUGACGGAGCUGGAUCUGACUGGUCAAGGCGGCGAGCGAGACAUCGAUUCUAGACGCCAGGGGUGCCGUGCACAUCUGCUCGUUGUGCAUGCCCACGAGCGUGGCGUGCUCCUGGACGGUGGCGGCCCAUUGCGUGACGAACGAGUACCUCGGCGUGUGGGCGAUCUGGUGGGCUGA